AUGAAAUUAUCAACUCUAUUCAUAACAUUGCUAUUGAUUGGAGUAAGCUAUUCCCAACCAGAUGUAUCGAAUUCAUACCUUGGUGUUGGUGAUACUGGUGUAUCAUAUUUCCCAUCAUACCUCAAUUUACAAAUGCAUAUUCGAUGCUAUUCCAAUGUGACUGCUGCCAAUCAAAAUGGACCUAUUGCUCUGUUUGAUUCGGGUCUUCCAUUCUUCUCAACAGCAUGGGUACCGAUCAUUCCAUCGGCACUUGCCAAUAUGCCAUCUUGGAAUAUUAGUAAAGCUUGUUUUAUGGAUCGUUACGGAUACGGUUGGUCAAACUCUUCGUCCUAUCCAAUCACCACUCAAGAAUAUGUUGUUCGUCUUCGUGGCUCACUUCAAGUGGCUGGAUUAACUGGAAAGUAUAUCCUUGUUGGUUGGUCUUGGGGAAGUAUUUUUAUUCAAACCUAUUCAUUGACCUAUCCAAAAGAAGUAGUUGGAAUACUCAGCAUCGAUGGAACUGAUAGUAAAUGGGGAUUAAUCCCAUCCAACCAACAAAAUGUCAUCACACUAUCCGAUGCAGUCAAAGGAUAUAUCAAUAUGAAUAAUAUGGGUACACUUGAACCAUUGGCCAGAUCAGGAAUGGUUGGAUCCUAUUUUGGAUGGUUACCAGAUGCAUUGGUCAGUUCUGGAUACACUCAAUGUUCAUUGACAGCAUCACAAUCCAUAUUCUUGGACAGUACCAACAAAUUCCUCAAAACAGCCAUUCAAGAAUACAACAUUAUGGUGAUAUCAUCAGCCAUUCUCAACUUUACAUACACCAUCAAAUCAACUCCAACACCACUCAAAGAUCUUCCCUACAUCAAUAUUUACAGUUCCUAUGUCGAAGAUCCAGAAUGGAGUAAUCGUCAAACAUUGAUGACAUCACUCUCAACCAACUCACAAUCGUUUGAAUUUACAACAGGACAUUACUUCCCAUUCCACAACCCAACAGCCAUUGUAUCAGGUAUCAAUGCACUCGCCAACAAGAUUAAAUCAAAUCCUGCUCAAUUAUGGGGUACUGCAUUAUUCUAA